UUAUAAUGUUCAGUAUGCCAGAUUACCAGUCCAGGUCAGAUCAUGACUGAAAAUAAGAUGCUUAUUGAUCAAAAACAGGACUGUAGUAUCUUUUCCAAAGGCUGUUUUCUCCCAAAUGAAAAUUCUGUCAUCAUCAACACAAAAGACGCAGAUGUGUUUUUGCUGGUAAUUAAAGUCCUUCACCAGCAGCAGCUUUACAGGGAAACACAAAGGAAUUGUGAAAGUUAACACCGAGUCAUACUUAACACAAUAACAAUGAAAGACAGGAAGUGAAUACUCACUCUAAAUCUAAACUACACCAUCAUAAUAAACAGCUGGUAAAAUGUUGAGAGGACAAAAUGACCAAAGACUGUUGAAAAGCAACUUAACAACAGACAGCUGCAUUUAUUCUAAUGUUAAAAAGUAUUUUAGGAAAAAACGGAAAGAGACAAAAAGAUGUGGAAGAAGCAUAAAUUGUAUAAUUCAAGGAGAAUCUCAAGUCUGUUAUCCUGGGAAGAACACCUGAAGCCCCAGUGACCAGAAGCUGCAACACUCAUAUUACAAAGGUUCAUCUCCUACUUUCCAUAUCAAGCAUGAACAUUAAAAAUCUAUUUGCAGUUGUGUUCUGGAUCAGAGGUAGAAAAGAUUUUGAAUGUUUUAAAUAGCUUUAAUGAUAAAGACUGACAAGAGUGCUAUUGGUAGGUAUCAGUUCAGUUCAAUUUUAUCUAUACAGCGAUAAAUCACAACAACAGUCGCCUCAAGGUGCUUUAUAUUGUAAGAUGGACCCUAAAAUAAUAGAAAGAAAAACCCAACAAUCAAAUGACCCCCUAUGAGCAGCACUUUGGCGACAGUGGGAAGGAAAAAAGGUAUGUGAGGUCUAAGCUGCUUGAUCAUCCACGUUGUUUAUUUUCCAGUUUAGUUUCAAAAAAUACAAAUUGAAGUUGGAAAAAAUGGAUCAUUGAAAUGGAAAACAUGUCAAAAAAGCCUAGCUUAAUUAAAGGUAAAUUCUGUGUGUGUGUGUGUGUGUGUGUGUGUGUGUGUGUGUGUGUGUGUGUGUGUGUGUGUGUGUGUGUGAGCACUGAAAGAAUGGAUGUUAUCAGUCCCUGGUGGAGUUUCCUCUCGGACAGGAAGUGGGCUUCCUCUGCUUCCUGUUCGCCUCUCCUGUGUGUGUGUGUGUGUGUGUGUGUGUGUGUGUGUGUGUGUGUGUGUGUGUGUGUGUGUGUGUGGUCCCAGGAGAAGUCUCAAAAGAACAAUCAGUGUAGAAAGAGAAAGAACAGGACUGAAGCAGCUGUAUCAGAAGCUAAAAUAACUCCGAGAGGCAGAGACACUUAAGGAAUAAUGAAAAAACCAACGGAAAGAAAGAAGCAAUGACAAAAAAGGCAAAGUAAGGCAAAAAAUAAAUUCAGGAAGAGUGUGACCUGGACCAGGACUGACCCACCACAGGAUCAGCGCAGAGAAAGACUGAACGACUAUGGACUAUGAACCAAAGAAAUCCAAGAAGGCUUUUGUCUCUCCCAUUAAGCGACUGGUCUGGUCCAAAUCUGGUCGUAGACAAGUUGAUCGAGGAAACAUUUAUCGCCGCCCGCUGCACACCGUCCCCCUCUACCCACCCGACUACCUCAUACACCCCGAGAGACUCAUCUUUGACUAUGUGGAGAAGGAGGUCAAGUUCCUUGGUCACCUGACAUGGGUCUCGGUUUCGCUGAACCCCUCCAGUCGAGAUGAGCUGCUACAGCUGCUGGACACAGCCAGGCAGCUGAAGGUGCUGCCGCUGAAGACCAGCGUGGACCAGGACUGUAUCCUGAGCCUGUCUGCUCGCUGUCUGCUGCUCACCUGGAGAGACAACGAGAAGCUGCUGAUGAGAAUCCCCACACAUGAGAUCGCCGCUGCCUCCUACCUGAGAGAUGAUGCACUGCACCUCCUGGUCCUCAAGACAGGUCUAAAUGUGGACACUGUGGUUGCCGGGGAUGACAGCCUGGACAGGAAAAAGCCAACUGGCAUCGACGGGCGACGUCAGACCAUGAGCUGCAAUGCUGACCCCCGACCUGCCGGGGGUACGAUGGAGAGGCGACACACCAUCUGUGGAGUUGACUGGAGGCCGUCACUGUCCAGGAGUAACCAUGACAAAAACCAGAAUGUGGAGAGAGGAGGAGGUGGUGGGGAGAGGGGAGGUGGAGGGAGUUUAGAGAGGAAGAGAGUCGGAGGGAGCUGGGAGAGGAGGCAGCCAACAUGUAAAACAGGAGGGAGCUGGGAGAACCGCAGGGCAAGACCCAUGAGCGGGAACUGGGGAGUGGGAGUAGGUGGAGGUGGUGGUGGGAGCUGGGAGAGGAGGCAUGGAGGAGGUGGUGGUGGAGGAGGGAGCUGGGAGAGAAGGGGAGGGAUUGGUGGAGGUGGUGCAGGGAGCUGGGAAAGGAGGCAAGCGUGCACGGGGAGCUGGGAAAGGGGGAAGAGCUACGGCAGCUGGGAGAGAAGGAACCACAACCCGCUGGAGCCCACGCCCUGCCCCGACGCCUACUGCAACCUGGUCAUCCUGGCUGUGGAGAACAGGGAUGCUGCAGAGGAGUACUGUUCCCUCAUCUGUCAGAUGUUCCAGAUCAUUUAUGGCCAUCAGACCAUCGAAUGUGUUGACAGGGCGGGCUUUCACUACACCAUGCCGGACCGCUAUUGGUUGGAAAGGAGUGACAGCUGUCUGACGGACAUGUCUUACAGUUAUGAUCCAGAGUUUAGCUGCUGCAGCUCAUAUGAUGGUUCCCAAGAUGCCUUCGAUCUCUACUACAGCGAGACAUACAGCGAGAGUUCAUCCAUCUCUCUGCAGGACUCCCAUCGUAGUCUGGCAUCAGUCAGUGAUGCAGGAGACAGUAACCCUGGCCUGCUGCUCAUGCAGGAGUACAUGAUCACUCUGCGUAACAAGCUGGCUCCAGUGGAGUUGCAGAAGUUUGCGGUGUUGCUGAGAGAAUACAGACUGGGAUCAAACAUUGACUACUUCUGCUCUGAGUUGCUGCAACUGUACGGAGACAACCGCAAGUUCCUGCUGCUGGGUAUGCGUCCAUUUAUCCCAGACAAGGAUGUCGGGGCAUUUGAGAGUUUCCUGGAAAGCAUUGGGAUCCGGGAGGGCGGGAUUUUAACCGACAGCUUUGGACGUAUCAAACGCAGCAUGAGCAACAUGUCUGCCACCGCUGUGAGAGGCAGGUAUGAUAAUUGCUCUCUAGCUUCAGGAUCUCAGGAAUUCAACCGACGUAUCACCGACAUCACCCAUGACAUCGAAGCACUCGGUUUCCAGGACACGCACGAUGACAUUGAGGAGGAAGACUACUACCUCUGAUGGAGCGACAAACCGAAGGAAUUUAGACAGCGUUUUAACUGUGACCCCGCCCUGCUGCCUCAUAGCAAGCUCAACACAUCCACAGACUGUAAAUAUAAAUAGUCUGACAGUACUGGCCUUUUUUAUUUUCAUGUUUUCGAUUGAAAUUCAAGCUCUGAGGCAGAAAAAAAGAAAUGCGCAGUUUGUGAACUGAAAUCCUUCAUUCAGAAUAAGAAGCUUAACGAUUAAUAAUUUUAUUAUUAUUUUUCCUUUAAAUUUUGUUUGGCACUAAUGUGUUUUCAACCAAUGGAGUGUGCUUCCUUGCAAAACAAUGCACAUAGCCACUGUCUGGUUUUGAAAUCUUCAUUUUGAAGCACAAGUGACACAUAUUUCAAUAAAAGAGUCAAGUACAAGCACAAAUACAUUAUAUUAAGACAUAAUCACAAAGGCUAAAGGUGUGAGCAUGUGCAUUGUGUGUUUUUAUUUUUACAUGUUCAAUAACUUGACAAGAAAUACCUAAAUAAAACAUAAAAGUAA